UCAGACUGCCGUGCUUCUUGGAAUUCGUGGACUGCCUCCCGAGCCGCCUUCCUUCCUCCUCCAGCGUUCACAUCCCCUGGUUCAGCUUGCCCUCUCCGUACCCAGCUGUUCCAACGCCAAUUCCAGAAAAAAAACGCAGCAGCAAUUAACAACUAGAGAAGAAUUGAAGAAGAAAAGAGAAACAUUUUAAGCUUCCCUUUGCCGCGCCUGUUCCCUCUUCCUCCACUCCCAAAACUUCCAUCGUCUCCAUCGUAUCAUUUUUAUGCUCAUAAGAAGGAAGAAUAAUUUGCCUAAUAAUUAGUCCAGAGACAUAAAAAGCAAGAAUCGGCGAUGGCGACGACGGAUUUGAUCACGAACGCCUCCAUAGUCCCGAUCUCGGAGGUCAUCUCCCAGAUCGUGGAGGCGGUCUUCGAGACCAUCCAUGCCGCCCGCGAUGUCCUCCUCGAGCGCCAGAGCUUCGGCGAGGUCUCCUCCUACCUGGAACGCAUGGUCCCCCUCCUCCACGAAAUGGCCAGGUCUUCUCGCUCCCGCGCCGAACACUCCGCCGCCCUCGCAACCGCCAUCGACAUCCUCGUCCGCGAGGUCAAGGCCGCGAAAACUCUCACCCUCGACUGCUGCAACCGCAGCAAGCUGUACCUCCUCCUCAACUGUCGCCGCAUCGUCCACCGCCUCGAGUCCACCACCAAGGAGAUCAGCCGCGCCCUCAGCCUCCUCCCCCUCGCCUCCCUCGACCUCUCCUCCGCCGUCGCCGACGAUGUCGGCCGGCUGACUGAAGCCAUGGCCAGGGCCGAGUUCCGCGCCGCCGUCUCCGAGGAGGAGAUAAUUGACAAGAUCGAGGCUGCCAUCCAGGAGCGGAAUUCGGACCGGUCUUACGCCAACAGGCUCUUGUCCCUCAUCGCCGAGGCGGUCGGGAUCUCGAACGACCGGUCGGAGAUCAAGAAGGAGUUCGACGAGUUCAAGAACGAGGUCGCCGAGGCCAAGCUGAGGAAGGACAUCGCCGAGGCCAUCCAGAUGGAUCAAAUUUUAGCUCUUCUUGGGAGGGCCGAUGCCGCCUCGUCCUUCAAAGAGAAGGAGGUCAAGUACUAUAACAAAAGGAAUUCUUUGGGGAGCCAGCCAUUGGAGCCGCUUCAGUCUUUCUAUUGCCCCAUCACUCGGGAUGUCAUGGAGGACCCUGUCGAGACUUCUUCCGGGCAGACCUUCGAGAGGCGCGCGAUCGAGAAGUGGUUCACCGAUGGGAACACCAAUUGUCCCCUGACUAUGAUUCCACUGAACACAGAGGUUCUCCGGCCUAACAUUACUCUGAGGAAGUCUAUUGAGGAGUGGAAGGAGAGGAACACCAUUAUAAUUAUUUCUUCCAUCAAGUCCAGACUCAGCUCAGGUGAUGAGAAGGAGGUGCUCGAGAGUCUGAACCAGCUACAGCAGCUCUGCGAGGAAAAGGAAUCGAAUAGGGAGUGCAUCGUGCUGGAGAAUUACCUGCCCAUUCUUGUUGGAUUUCUUCGAGGAAGCAAUUCGAUGAUAAAGAAUCGUGCUUUGUCUAUUCUUUGCCUAUUGGCAAAGGAUAACGAUGACCAGAAGGAAAAGAUUGCUGAAGUAGAUAAUGCCAUCGAAUCUAUUGUUAAAUCUCUUGCACGGCGUGUCGAGGAAUGUAAACUGGCAGUGGCUUUGCUGUUGGAACUCUCAAAAAGUAACAAGGUUCGCAGCUAUAUCGGGAAGGUACAGGGUUGCAUUCUUCUUCUGGUGACAACAUCAAAUAGUGAUAACAACCAAGCUGCCAGCAAUGCAAGAGAGCUUUUGGAGAAUCUUUCGUUUCUUGAUGACAAUGUUGUGCAAAUGGCAAGGGCAAACUAUUUUAAACCAUUAUUGGAGCGUCUCCAUUCAGGAUCAGAUGAUGUGAAGAAGAACAUGGUGAAAACUUUAGCUGAAAUGGAGUUAACGGAUCACAGUAAAGCCACCUUGUUUGAAGAUGGAGCACUGGAGCCACUUCUUCAGUUGAUGUCACAUAGUGAUGUGUAUAACAAGACCAUGGCUGUUAAAGCCCUUCACAAGCUCUCAAGCUUUCAUCAGAAUGGUCUGCAGAUGAUUCGGGCAAGAGCAGUGCAUCCACUUCUUGACCUCCUGCACCUCCAUAUCGGAUCAUCCCCCUCUCUGCGGGAGCUGGUGGCAGCCACCAUUAUGAACAUCGCGAUAUCAGCAAGAGAGCUGAGACCUGAGGAAACCCUGGAUUUUUUGGAAUCUGAUGAUGAAAUCUCCCGGCUUUUUUCUUUGAUUAUCUUGACAGGACCAAAGAUACAACAAAGCAUUCUACAAACAUUUUAUGCCUUGUGCCAGCUUCAGUUAGCAGGAGACAUGAGAGCAAAGCUAAGACAGUUCUCUGCAAUCCAAAUAUUAAUUCCACACUGUGAGAACAGUGAUCCUAUGGUAAGGGCAAAUGCUGUGAAGUUAUUGCAUUGCUUGAUGGAAGGUGGAGAUGAGAACAUGUCAGCAGAGCAGGUGGGUCAGAGGUGGCUGGAAACUUUGCUGUCAAUUAUAAGAGAUUCCAGGGAUGAGGAGGAAGUGGCUGCCGCAUUGGGCAUCAUCACUAAUCUUCCUACAGGCUGUACCCAAAUCACUCAGUGGCUUCUCGAUGCAGAGGCACUUCCAAUCAUUGUCAGAUAUCUUACUGAUGGGAAGCUGAGUGGGCAGAGUCAGCUGAUAGAAAAUGCUGUUGGAGCGUUAUGCCGUUUUACCAUAUCCUCCAAUCUAGAAUGCCAGAAGAGAGCAGCUGAGGCUGGUGUGAUCCCAUUGCUUGUCCAGUUGUUGGGAUCUGGCACUGCUUUGACAAAACGAUAUGCAGCUAUUUCACUUGCUCAGUUUUCAGAGAGUUCACUUGGACUGAGCAGGCCUGUAGAACGACGUGGGGGCUUCCUGUGCUGUUCUGCCCCACCUGAAAUAGGCUGCCCUGUGCACAUGGGUGUCUGUUCGGUGGAGGGAUCAUUUUGUCUUGUGGAAGCAGAUGCUGUAAGACCACUUGUUCGAGUGCUUGGAGAGCAAGAUCCCAGUGCGAGUGAUGCUGCUUUAAGGGCACUGUCAACACUCAUGGAGGCUGAAAGACUGCAGAGUGGCAGCAUGGUGCUUUCUCAGAUGAAUGGUGUUUUGCCUAUUAUAAAGCUACUGAGCUCCCAAUCAAGUGAGCUGCAAGAGAAGGCUUUGCUUGUUUUAGAGAGGAUUUUCCGCCUGGAGGAGUACAAGCGGAUGUAUGGAGCUUCAGCACAGAUGCCUUUAGUUGACAUAACUCAAAGAGGAAAUGGUAGCACUAAAGCAUUGGCCGCUAGAAUACUUGCUCAUUUGAAUGUGCUUCAUGAUCAAUCUUCUUAUUUUUGAAUGACAAAUGUGGGGUUGGCUGCUCAGCUUCAGUUGAACAUUAUAUUCCAAUGAAGAGCCCAUUCAUGAAGAACUCGGUGCACCAUCACUUGAAUUCACAUUAACUAAUGAUUCGGCUGGCACUCGGAAAUAUAAUCUCAUGUUAUGCCAUCAUUUUCUUUAUACUUUAAGAUUCAAGAUGGCAAUGUGAAGGCCUCAUGGCUUUGUUCUUGAUUAGCAUAAUGAAACAGGACAGCUUGAUAUUACAUAGUGCUGUUUUAUUUCUGACAUGAUGAGGGAUCAUCCUUUCUAAGAGAGUAAAUUCCAAGCUUGACUUCAUAUACCAGGCUUAAAGAGAGGUUUCUGACUACACGUUUCUUUACCGGUGCCUGGGGAAUUUCAGCAUUUUUCAAAGAACAUGAUUUAUGCUGUGAUGGCAUGGUAAUCGUUUAGUAGGGAUGAUUUAACCCCUCGAGUGUUUAUCAAGUAUGUGUAUCAAGCUGCAGUAGAUAACUCAGAAUUCUUUGUACAAAACCACAAACCAUUGCAUGAUUGCAACAUGUUGCAAUGGUAACUGGUAGCAGACUUUACUGAAGGUCUCUCAAAGCCCUUAAAAUUAGUUUAUCAAGCAUGUACCUGAUAAUCUACAUUUCUUAAUCAGGGAUGCAAUGUUUGUUUCACUGUUUAUAUUCACAGUUACCCUUUUCUGUAGUAAUUAAUGACAGAACCUUCGUUCAUUAGAGAAAAAGAUGGUGCCUUUGUGCACUCAGCAUAUUCAUUA